AUGAUUGAAGCAACGAUGCCCUCAGAACAUGCCAGCAAAUUUAGACCCAAGAACAUGUUCCCGCCAAGCCUCAUCGCAAAGGCCGAAGCAGAACUUGAUAUGUUUGCUUCGAUUCUUGAAGAGAAUGGGAUCAAAGUAUACCGACCGUCAAAGGACAUCGACUGGCUAGCCGAAGAUGGAUACACUGGUGCCAUGCCGCGAGAUGGCCUCAUGAGUGUCGGCAACACUCUGAUCGAAGCUUGCUUCGCGUGGCCCUCGCGGUCUAAGGAGAUCCAGAUUGGAUUCACUUCUAUACUCGAUCAACUAGCUCUUGAUCCUCGAGUAAAAGUUAUUCGCCGCCCAAGAGACACGUUUGCAAAUACCUUGCUCGAUGAUGACGGCACCAAAAAUGACAAAUGGGUGAUCAACAACAGUCGUCCAGCGUUCGACACCGCUGACUUUAUGAGGUUCGGCACCACGAUCAUUGGCCAACUCAGCCACGUCACGAAUCAAGCAGGUGUGGAUUGGCUCACUAAGAGUGUGCCUAAUGGGUACACCGUUGAAUUGAUUGAGGUGAAUGAUCCAAAUGCCAUGCACAUUGAUGCAACAAUUCUCCCUCUUCGCCAGGGGCUUCUAGUAUUCAACCCCAAAAAAGUCACCGAGAAGGCCUUAAGGAAGCAUACGGUACUGGCAAAUUGGGAGCUCCGGCCAUACCCAUUCACGCCUGAAAGCCGAGUGGAACCCCCCUAUAUAUGA